AUGCAUUUCAACUCCUUCGCUCUCUGCCUCGGUCUGGCUGGUCUGGCCCAGGCACACAUGGAGAUGAUCUCCCCUGCCCCUUUCAAGUCCAAGGAUAACCCUCACGCCGGCAGCGAUGUCGACUACAGCAUGACCGCUCCUCUCGACGCCAGCGGCAGCGACUUCCCUUGCAAGGGCUACCACUCUCUCUUCGGCACUGCCCAAGGUGCCUCCGUCGCCGACUGGGAUGCUGGCAGCCAGCAGACCAUGAAGAUCACCGGUGGUGCCAACCACGGUGGUGGUUCUUGCCAGGCUUCUCUGUCCUUCGACAAGGGCAAGUCUUGGCAAGUCAUCCACUCCUUCAUCGGUAACUGCCCUGCUGCUGGUACUUCUUCUUUCGACUUCAAGGUUCCCUCUGAUGCUCCCUCCGGCGAGGCCAUCUUCGCCUGGAGCUGGUUUAACCAGAUUGGUAACCGUGAGAUGUACAUGAACUGUGCUGCUGUCACCAUCAAGGGUGGCUCCAAGCGUGCCUCUGCCAUGAGCAACCGCCCCGCCAUGUUCGUCGCCAACGUUGGCAACGGCUGCAGCACUGAGGAGUCCUCUGACCUUGAGUUCCCCGACCCCGGUCCCGAUGUGAGCAACGACUCUCAGAAGACUACUGGUCCCAAGGGAACUUGUGCCAAGGGUGGCUCCGGCGGUGGUUCUGGCUCCGGAUCUGGCGAUGGUGCUGCUCCCAGUGCCGCUCCCAGCGCCCCUGCUGACAACGGAAACAACGGAGGCAACAACGGUGCUACCCCCAGCGUCCCAGCUGGCGGCAACGAUGGCUCCUACAACCCUGGCAACGACGGCGGCUCUGGUGCUGCUCCCAGCUCCCCUGCUGCCCCUGCUCCUACCAAGCCUGCUAGCGGCACCCCUGAUGUGUAUGUACCCUCAUCCUCUUCUGCAACUGACAGUGGUCCUAACUCGCAAACUUCUAGUCCCGGAGGUGUUUUCAUCACUGCCCCUCAGCCCGCUGAGAGCACCGCCGCCCCUUCUGCUCCCUCAGCUCCUGCCGACGAUGGCGCCGGCUCCAGCACUCUUCUGACCAUGACCAAGCCUGCUCCCGCUGCUCCCACCAGCGUUGUCACCCCUGAGCCCGCUCCCGCUGCUCCUACUCCUCCGGCCACUCCCGCUGCCCCUGAUACUGGUGCUGGUGGUUCUGGUGCCGAGGAGAAGGCAGGCUCUGCUUGCACUGAGGAGGGUCAAUGGAACUGCAUCGGCGGUUCCAAGUACCAGCGCUGCGCUUCUGGUGCAUGGUCUGUCGUUCAAUCCAUGGCAGCUGGCACAACCUGCUCUGGUAGCAAGACUCAAGCCAUGGCCUUUGGAUUCGGCCGCAAGCUCGCGUUUCGAUUUCGUCGGGCCUAA